AUGUCCACCCGAUCGUGUAGAUUCUAUUCCAAUGACAUCCAACCAUUCAGUGAUGACCGUCUGGCAUGGAAGAGACUCUACUUGGAGCUUGGCUCAAUUGUAUUCAACAACACAUAUGACCUCCUUGUCUCUGCUCUAAAGUCAUCCUCAUGUGACAAUGACAACCAAAGUAUAGAGAACACACUCGGACCGAACAAGAAGUUUUGGAGUUCAAGAGGUUCAAACGAUAUCUCCUCAUCAGAGUACUUGUUAUACAAGCUCGAACAACCUAUUUGUAUAGUAUCAUCAAUCCAAAUCCAUGUAUAUAAAGCAUUCUUCCAGCCAGGACAACCAAUCUACUCCCCACAGAGUAUAAGGAUAUCAGUUGGAUUCACACCAGACAACAUGCAUUACACAUCGGAGGAGUUUAUGGUCGAACAAACCGAUGAGCCACAAACAUUCUACUUUGAUCCAAUAUUGGUUGUUGGUGGAUAUCUUCGUGUGGAUCUCAUUGGCCAUCAUCAGUCACAGGCCAAUGACGGUCUUUUCUACACAGUGCUCAAGUACGUCUGUGUGGAUGGUCGCACUCUUGGCAGUCUGGACAACAAACCAGAGCUGUGUCUCUCACUGGUUCAAAUGGCCGCCAAACACAUUGACGUCAGACAUCUUCUGCCACACAGCGCUCGACAACAACUUGCCAACCAGGUUGAUGCUGCCGACAACAACAGAACACUAUUUAGCAAGGUACACUCAUUCCUCAAGGGUCAGAUGGCACCAAAGUUGGACAAGAUGCGUGUCUACAAUCACAUCAUGUACUCUAUCCUCAAGGACAUUGUCGAAGGUCACUACAGUGCUGCAGCAAGCAAUGCAAUCAUCUACAACAUGAGGUCGACAAAGAUAUUCAACUUGUUUCAAUCGACAUCAGAUUCUGCCAUAUCACAGUAUUACAUGAAGCUGUUGGAUAGUGGCCUAAAGUUCACACAGGAGGAGACGUUAUAUAUGGUCAAGGAGGCAUUCGAGACUGACAAUGUUCGUAUGUUCACCAUGCUGUUCCUGUCCGACCUUGUCUACCUGUCCGAGUCACUCGGUGACUAUCUUCUGCUCAAUGGAUAUGCCCUUCUUGCUGCCGAGGUCUUCAACCGUUCACUUAUCCCAGACAAGGUAGUUCAGAGUCUCUUCAUCUCUGGCAAUCAUAUCGACACUAUUCAUCUUAUCGAGGCCAUCCAAGCCGAGCAACAAGUAGACUUGAUCAAUUUAAUUAAGCUGAUCAAGUCAUACUCAUUGCACCAAGCUUGUCAAUUCACUCUUUCUCUGUUGGAGCAUUUACCAGGUCAACUCUCUCCAGAGGAUAUAUCAUCUGUAAUAGAAGUAGGAUCAACCAGUCUGGAAGAGAUCACAGUGGAGCUGAAGGAGAGGAUCAAGAUAGCAGAGGGUCCUCGUCCACAAAUCAAGAAGAGGCAGAGCACUCCUUUGGCCAAGUUCUUCAAAUACUACUCAGGUAAAUUCCAAGAGCAGUCGGACUUGAUCAUUGAUUGA